AUGAUUCUCCAAAAAAGGCGCCAGUUCAGAUCGAUCACAGCGACUCUUUCCGAGAAGGUCACCUCCAUCACCGUCAAUGCAGACCCGCGGGACUGGCGCAAUGCCUUGGCCUGCGUCCUUCAGGAGAUCCGUGCCAUUUGCGACUAUGGCAUCACCGAGAGUGAGAUGAAGCGAUACAUGGACGCUAUGCUGAAGGACGUGCAGAAGGGUGUGCAGGAGAACGACACAGUGCCCUCAGAGGAUCACCUCAACUUCAUCAUGACCAGUGACGUGUUCGACCACGUCGUUAUGCAUCCAGAGCAGUCCUAUGCAGCCUUCAAGGAGGUUGCUCCCACAGUGACAAUGGAGCAGGUUCAUGCGACAGCCAAGUGGAUGUUGGGCUUCAUUGGCUAUUACGGAUUCGCCACUGCGCCCCCGGUGACUGCUAUCGUUGUGUGCACACCAACACAGGUCUACGAGGAGCACACGGGGAAAUGGAUCCCGUUCAGCAUCACGGAGCAGGAGAUCAUUGAGCUGCUGAUUUCAGUUCCUGACAAGACCAAGGAGGAAGCACUCAACCAGGUUGACGUCCCGGAAAGUCUGCUUGAAGGAAAGAAGUUGGAGAAGCUGCUGCCGCCAAAUCCCAUUGACGCUGUGACAGCCUGGAGGGCCUCCUCCCGAAAGGUGGAUGAUGCCACCGGAAUUGUGCAGCUGAUGCUGCCCAACGGAGCUCGUGUCAACUACGCAUGCACUCCGAACGAAUCUCAAGGAACGAUGCGCAUGCUGGUUCCGGGUGGUCGGUCCUCCGACGAAUCCGACGAGCUCGGAUCGGCGAUGGUUGGCAUCCGGACAAUUUCGGAAUCAGGAGCUGUCAGCGACUUUUCACGGGAACAGAUUGAGUUGUUCGCAGUCUCAAACUUGAUGAGCGUUCAUCUGGACUUGAACCUCGAGUUUUGCUACAUUGACGCGAACUUUACCAACACCACUGGUGGUCUGAAUGCCGUGCUUGAGCUGCUGCAUCUUCUCUUCCAGGAGCCGCGCUGGGAGGUGCCGGCGUUCGUGCGCGCCCAGCAGGCUUACAAGGCUCAAGCCUAUGCUGUCCAGAAGUCCCUGGAGCAGAGCACCAUGGAUCGGCUGAUGCGGAUGAUGUACUCGGACCCUCGAGUGUCCGAAGCAAAGAUCGAAGACCUGAACAAGCUCACCUUGGCCAAGGUGCGCAGAGCGGUGAGCGGGCAGCUGAGGCCACAGGACCUGGAAAUCAAUUUGGUUGCUGACUUUGAAGGCAGAGGCCAUGGCAAGAUGGCAAGUGUCGAGGGUGGACUCAGUACCGGCAAGCAUCGCGAGGAGGGAGAUGUCGAACCAGAGGAGGUGGAGCUUCCUGAAGCGGCAAAGCAGCGGAGGUUCUUGGAGCUUGAUGAGGCUCUGUGGAAGUACCUUGGAUCCCUCCCGGCCAGUGAAGUUGAGCAGGUCAAUCUUGCCCGCCAUCCGCAAAUCAACAAGGGCGAGGAGAUGUCCCCAGAAGACAGGCAACGAUCCGCACACAUUGAGGACAGCGACGAGCGCGCUGUUGCCAACAUUGGCGGGGGUGCUCCGAACCGCUGGGGCAAAGGUGACCAGUACCACCAGCAGAUCAUGGAGACAAAGGGCUUCUCCUGGGAUGCACCUAACUCCAAGCUCAAGGAUCAUCCGCUCUAUCCAUCAAUGUGCCUCAUGGCCAUGCGUGAGGUCAUCAACACACGUCUUUUCUCCACUGUGAGAGAUUCACUGGGCUUGUCUUACGACUGUGCCCUGGCAUGCUUGCUGUUUGCGUGA